AUGCAAGACAUUUGCUGGGCCACUUGGUCCAACAAGAGAAUAACAGUGUUUAUGCCUUUUAUUCUGGUUUUUGGACACCUGAGAUGUGUCUUUUUAGUACAGUACCUGUCCUAUUCUUCUGAUUGUAAGGCCUGCUGGCUCAGGCCAAUGGCCCAUCUAGUCUGGGAUCCUGUUCUCACCAUGGCCAACCAGAUGCCUAUGGGGAAUGAGCAAGCAGAACAUGAGCACAAGAGCACUCUCCUAUCCUGCCAUUUCCAACUCCUGUUCAGAAGUAUUGCUGCCUCCAGCUGUGAAGGUACAGCAUAG